AUGGGAUCGACACCAGAGUACAGCCUGCCUCCGCAGGAACUCACCUUUGAUGGGUUCCUGUUCGACAUGGAUGGCACCAUUAUUGACUCCACGGAAGCAGUAGUAAAGCAUUGGGAAACAAUUGGCAACGAGAUAGGCGUUGCACCUGAAGUUAUUCUUGAAACUUCUCAUGGACGACGAAGCAUCGACAUCCUCAAGAUUCUUGCACCUGAAAAGGCUAAUUGGGACUAUGUACGUGACAUGGAGGGACGUCUUCCCAAGUACCACGGCCACGAGGCCGUCGAGAUACCGGGCGCCCGUUCCAUGCUAGAAGCUCUCAUCGCCAGAUCUAGCCCCUGGGCGAUCGUCACGUCGGGUACUGUACCUCUCGUGACUGGAUGGUUGCGUGCUCGAGACCUGCCUACACCGCUGCCGGAGCACCUCGUCACUGCAGAGUCAGUUGAAAAUGGCAAACCCGACCCCGCCUGCUAUCGCCUUGGCCGUGAGCGUCUCGGCCUACAAGCGGAGGAUGCCCAGAUUCUGGUCCUUGAAGACAGCCCAGCAGGGAUCCGUGCAGGAAAGGCAGCUGGGUGCAAGGUCCUCGGUCUGGUGACAAGCCAUACCGUCGAGCAGGUCGUCGCUGCAGAGCCAGACUGGGUUGUUCGAGACCUCUCCUCAGUCGAGGUGCUUCGGAGCGAGGGCGGCAAGGUGACUAUCAAAAUUUCCAAUGCCCUGCGACUAUGA